UGCCCAAGAUGGCGGCCGCGGCGCUGCUCCGAGGCGCGGCUCCGGGGCGCGGCGGCUCGACCUGGCGCUGGCGGCUGCGCGCGGGCCCGAGGCGCCGCCUGGCUCACGUCUCCAGUCAUACUGACGGUGAUCCCGCGGGCGGCGCGGCCUGGACCUGCUUCCCGCUGGACGAGCGCGCCCUGGUGCGCGUGCGCGGUCCGGACGCUGCGUCCUUCCUCGGGGGGCUGCUGACCAAUGAACUGCCGCUUCCGGGUUCUGCGGCCGGCGCGACCCCGUCUCCUGCGCGCGCGGGUUACGCUCACUUCCUGAACGUGCAGGGCCGGACGCUCUAUGACGUCAUUCUGUACCGGCUCCAUGAACGCUCGGAGGAGGUGCAGGACUUCCUCCUGGAGUGUGAUAGCUCCGUGCUAGAUGCUUUGCAGAAGCACCUGGCGCUGUACAAGAUCCGGCGGAAGGUCACGGUGGAGCAGAUGUCGGAGAUGCGCGUGUGGGCGGUGCUGCCCAGCACCCCUGAGGCCGGUCGGGCCGCGCCGCUGCAGGAGGGAGCAGAAGCGUCCGCCGUCCUCACUCGCGACCCCCGGACCGCGCGCAUGGGCUGGCGGCUUCUCACCCGGGGAGAAAGCCCGGGCCUGGUGCGUGGAGGCCGACUCGGGGACCGCUGGGAUUAUCACCGCCACCGGUACCGGCAAGGCGUUCCCGAGGGCGUCCGUGACCUGCCCCCAGGGGUAGCCUUGCCUCUGGAGUCCAACCUGACCUUCAUGAAUGGCGUGAGCUUUACCAAGGGCUGCUACAUCGGCCAGGAGCUGACGGCCCGCACCUACCACAUGGGCGUCAUCCGCAAGCGCCUCUUCCCCGUGCGGCUCCUGGGUUCCCUCCCUGUCGGUGGCGUCACCCCUGGCACCUCAGUGCUGACGGCGUCGGGCCAAGCAGCUGGCAAGUUCAGGGCCGGCCAGGGGGAUGUGGGACUGGCCCUGCUGCAGUCGGAGAAAAUCAAGGGUCCUCUUCACGUGAGAACGUCAGAGAGCGGUCAGGUGGCCUUAACUGCGUCCGUGCCAGACUGGUGGCCCAUGACCACCAAGUAGCCCUGGAUGCCCUUGGGUCGGACAAGCGGGCGGAGCUGCCCGGGUAGCUGAGGGUCUCUGUCCGAGGUCUUCCUGUCCAUCUGCUGUGCCCUGCUGGGUGUGAGCCUGACUUCCCACGGUGGCCCUUUUGAACACCCCACUUGGGAAAGUCCCCGCGUGUGCGUGUGCUGUCCAGAGCUGCAGGCAUGGUUUUUCGUGGUGUGGCUGUGCCCAGCCCCCACUGAUUCCCCCUUCAGAGCCUGCCACAUUCGUGGGCUGCCCUCUCUCUGGGAGCCCUCUGGCUGGGAGCAGCAGGAACCCUCCUGGGGAUGGGGGGAGGGGAGAUACUGCUGCAGCCCACCUGCGUGCUGCACUCAGCCUCAGCUUGGGCCAGACCCUGAACGCAGUUACACGGCUCCGAUGGCCGAGGUCAGGAUGGCGUCUGUGCCCAGAGCAGAUCCUGGGCCUUGCACCCCACUUGCCUGCUCUCCAUGGUGUCGGAGGCAGGGUGCCAUCUGGGGUUGGUGGGUGGGUAGGGGCUGGGCUUUGGGAAUUGUUUUAUGGUGCUCCAAGUCAUGUCUCAGGCGGGGCGUUGUGUGUGGUCAGAUCGUGUAUUUUGGAUCCGGUGGGGUGGGCGCGUCUGCGCAUGGAGGGCCCAGCACUGCACACCUAUGCCCACCUGAGUGAGCCCGGCCUCCGCAAGUGCUCCGCUGUGCACCGGGUUGUGUCUCCUCUCGGUUGUUCCGCACCAGUGAUUGCUAGGGCUGCCCUCUGCCCCGGGCACACCAGCACUGCCCUCCUCCUGGGCACGGUGGUGGGCUGGGCGGGGAGGGGCCUUCUGUUUGUUUGCCUGUUUGCCCUGUUUUCUGUGAGGGAUGACUUGCUGUCAUCCACCCUUUUCAACCACUGGCUUCCAUCAUCCUGCUGUGAUGUGAGCUCUGUCCCUUGGGGUGUGUCACCUGGCAGCCCGGAGUGACUAUUAAAGCUGACCUACAAGCA